GCCCUCCUCUCCCCAUACAGGAAUCCCAGUGCAACACAAAGGCUCUCAGGGCAGGGCUGGGCUGUACCUGGCAGGUGGUCACAUGACACGCUCAGGUACAACUGCCUGCCAGUAGGCUGGGAAGAGCCUGACACUCAGACUGUCACACAAACAAAGCAAGCAUGGCUGAUCCUGGGCUCCCUCCAGUGCCGAGCCCUGCUGCCGUCUCCUACCCUGCUACCACCCACAGCUUGCCCACUGGCAUAGAAGUUCUUAGGACCUACACCGGAGCCUUCAUCUGCCUGGAAAUAAUUUUCGGAGCUCUUGUCUGGAUUCUGGUGGCGGCAUCCAAUGUGCCAGUGCCAGUUGUACAAGGAUGGGUGAUGUUUGUGUCAGUAACGGCAUUUUUCUGCUCUCUUGUCUACCUGUGUGUGUUCCUGUGCGGCCUGGUCCACAUGAUCCAAACCAACUGGAACUUUGUGGACCUCGCGUAUCACUUUCUCACCUUUGUGUUCUACUUCGGAGCCUUCGUCCUGCAAGCGGCCGUGUCGACUUUAGCCAAUCUAGAAAAGAAUAGUACGAGUUUUGUGGGCUUCGUAAAAGGCAAGCUUGGACUGAAUGUGGCAGCAACGAUUUUUGCCUUUGCGGUCACAGUUUGCUAUGGUUGUAGCACGGUGCUGGGAUUCAGAAGGUGGAGGGGGCAGUAACCUGGAACAAGCCAAACCAGAAGGACCUGUUGAAAACUGAUACAAGUCAAUGAAUGGAAAAGCAAGAGAGCACUA